AUGUUCGGUCAAGUUACUGGGUUGUCGCUCUUGACAGGCCUUCUGGCCACAGCUUCGGUGAAAGCCGACUCCAACUGUCGCUGCUUCCCUGGUGAUGCUUGCUGGCCGGCGCAGGAUGUUUGGGCCAAAUUCAACGAGUCGGUUGACGGCCGCCUGGUAGCCACCGUGCCUUUGGGUACACCAUGCCAUGACCCCAAUUACAAUGCAGCUGAAUGCCAGAAGCUCAGCGAGCAGUGGACUGAUCCGGCGCUUCACUAUGAAACUUCGUCUUCUAUCAUGGCUCCUUGGUUCACUAAUGGAACAUGCGAUCCCUUCCACCCCGAAUCGAAGCCCUGCACCAUCGGAAACUACGUCGUUUACGCUGUUGAUGUGGCUAAGCCCGAGCAUGUCUCUACAGCUCUGAAGUUCGCCAAGGAGCAUAACAUCCGUGUGGUUCCCCGGAACACUGGACAUGAUUACAACGGCAAGUCUACCGGAGCCGGCGCCCUGGCUAUCUGGAUGCACCAUAUCAAGGACAUUGAGAUCAAGGACUACAAGGACACGCACUACCAAGGCAAGGCCAUCAAGAUGGGCGCCGGUGUGCAAGGCGGAGAGGCGUACGAGGCCGGCUAUAACGCGGGUCUUCAGGUGGUGGGCGGCGAAUGUCCCACCGUGGGAAUUGCUGGAGGUUACACUCAGGGUGGAGGACAUUCGGCCCUGUCGUCGCGGUAUGGACUGGGCGCCGAUCAGGCGCUCGAGUGGGAGGUGAUUGACGGCGAGGGUAACUUCAUUACUGCCACUCGCGACAACGAAUACUCCGACCUCUACUGGGCUCUCAGCGGUGGUGGUGGUGGUUCCUAUGGUAUUACCUGGUCGCUGACUGCGAAGGCGCACACCGGCACUCCUGUGUCGGGUUACAAUUUGAGCUUCACCAAUGACGGCAUGUCCCAGGAUACCUUCUAUGAGGCUGUGUCGCUCUGGCAGACCGUCCUUCCCUCGGUCGUGGACGCCGGUGCCAUGGCCGUCUGGAUGUUCACCAACACCAGCUUCAUGAUCACGCCGUUGACCGGUCCCAACAUCCCCGUCGCUGACCUGGAGGCACUCGUGAAGCCCUUCACCGAUGGGCUGACCAAGCUAGGCAUCACCUAUACGACCUACUCCAAGCAGUUCGACAGCUACCUGGAGGAAUUCAACGCCAUGCAGGGCGCGAUCGAGGUAGCGACCGCCCAGUAUGGUGGAUGGCUGAUCCCCCGGUCGGUGGUGGAAAACAACAACGACGGACUAACAGCCGCAUACAGACACAUCACCGAAGAUGGGGCCACGUUUAUUGGCGUGGGCCUGAAUGUCUCCAAGGCGUUAGUGGGGGAUGUGGACAACGCUGUGCUGCCCGCUUGGCGCGAGACCCUGAUCCACAGCACCAUCACCACCCCCUGGAAGUGGAAUGCCCGCAGUGAGAUGCUUGCGGAGCAGGACAAGAUGACCAACGAUUAUAUCUCGGCCUUGACCAAGGUCGCCCCGAACUCAGGGGCGUAUCUGAACGAGGCCGACUUCCGUCAGCCCAACUUCCAGAAGUAUUUCUACGGCGACAACUACGCAACCCUGCGCAAGAUCAAAGCUAAAUACGACCCGGACAAUCUCUUUUACGCCACUACCGCUGUCGGAUCGGAUGAAUGGACCGUUCGUGAAGAUGGUCGUUUGUGCAGUGUCUAA